CUAUAGACCACUUAAUGAAAUACUUGUACAAAACAAAUUUUGUAAAAAAAACUUCUGGAAAAAAAAUAAAAUAGAAAAAAAACUUAAAACGGAUAUACAAAACCCGAGAUUUUAGUUAUUAAAUAUCAAAGUUCUGUGGUAACUCAAAAAUAUAAAAACAUCAUUAAGCGAAAGGAAUUUAGCGGCAUAUUUAGGAUGGUUUGCAGCAUACCACAAGCAGUCAUAUGAUGUGCAUUACUGCUCUGUGAUUGGUUCUUUAUUUUGGCGCGAUUAUACAGGCAUGAAUAAUUCAUUAUAAGGAUAGACAUAGCUGCUGGAAUGCUGUAAUACAAACAACACGGUGCCCUCCAUGUGUUGGCUGUGCAGGUAUACCAACGUAUUAAUGAGUUUAUUAAACAAUGAACAGAAACAGGGGCUCACAAAGAAGAAUUAUUGCAAGAGAAGUUGAAGGAAAUGAUCUUGCCAUUAAACAUGCUCAUCAAAGAUUCAAACGUAGAAAGCAAGGACUGGCUAUUCUGUUGGUGGCUUUUGCAAUACUGUUAUUGGCAUUUGGAGUGAUGCUUGCCAGCAUACAGGCAGUGAUAACAUAUUUUCCACCACACACCAUUGAGAGCUUACAGCAUCCAUUGCCAAUCUACAUACCAGCUGUAAUGACGUCAUUAUCAGCGAUAGUUGUGAUUGUCACAACCAAAAUACAAAGACCAAGUGCUGUUUUGACUGGAAUAUUUUUCAAUCUAAGCUCAUGUAUUAUAGCUGUAGCAAACCUGUUGUCCAUGACUGUUACUGCUGUUCCUUUGUUCAAAUCAUUUGUCCAUUUCCGGUAUCUACCAAUGGACCGCGUGUGUAUUGCUUACACUAAGUAUGACAAUUAUAAAAGAAUAAAAAACAUCACAGAUGCCGGCGUUAUGUUCCCAAACUUAUCAAAUUGCUCUCCAAUUGAAUUUACUCUCCCACCCAUAACUAUAAUGUUGGUGUUCUUAUACCUGCUCACCUGCAUAGUUUCAUGCUUGGCUUGUAUUGUGUUGUCAGGCAUACUGUGCUUCACACCAGACAAUCCUUACAAGCAAGAAAAUCUUCAUGUAAGAAAUAGUGUAUCUUUAUCAAAAGGGUUCCUAAUAUAAUGUACAACUAAACAUAUGGGCCACAAUUGCUUUUCUAUAAACAGCUCUUCCGGCAAUUAUUUGGGUACGGAUGUUUCAAUGUCCUAUACAGGUUUUCAAUCAUUUCCACCAGGGUGAAUGACACUUGAUUUUAGAAAGCAAUUGUAAUAUGCCUGGCACAGUUGUUAUCUACUAGUUUAUGACAUAAUUUAACACCUUUCCUGUUUUUAAUCCUUGGUUUGCAAUAUGUUCUUUAAGACCACACAGGUUAAACAUCUCCAAUUUAAAAAUAUAAAUAAAACUUUAUCGGUCACAGACCUCAAUUUAAAAACAUUUAUUUACUUGCCAUUAGUUGUAAAUAUUCUUAGUUAAAUUCUGCCUUUAUAAAAAAAACAACAAUUUUAUGUCAUAAUUUAUUAUUAUUACAUAAUUAUCAGGAUUACGAGAUGUCUUCAUUGCCUCGGGUGGAGCACGUGACAAAUGAAGUCAACAUUCCAAUUACAAGACGUCAAAGCGACAGUGAAAUUGUAGUUGAACCAAGGUUAUACAUUUAUUUUAAAUAAAUAACAUAUUGGUAUAUAAAAACAUUAUUUGUGUAAUUUGGUUGUGGUAUUUGUGUUUUACUUUAUGCUUAUAGUGUAUAUGGUAUCAUCAUUACCAUAAGUCUCAAACUUAAUACAGAUAUGAAAAUCAAUCACAUGAAAACCACAGAAUUUUAGGGUCAUGCACAUGCUCUGUACAUGGCAGUACAAGCUCAUCUGUAGUGACAUGGUCGUAUUUACCCGAACAAAGACCAAUUGCAUGUGAAGCAGCCAGGGUGGCAGACACAAGGCACUCCAGUGGGUUACAGCAAGUUUUCAAUGUGGGAUGCAAUAGACCUGUUCGGUGCCAUACUUUUGAUACUUUCUCUGGCAAAACUGAAAAGGAUUUAUAUGUGAAGUUACCAGCGUAUCAUACCAAAUAUGAAACUGCCAACGGAUAUUUUCCGGUGCAAACUACAUUUAUGGAUUUUAGAGAAAACUGG